CUUCAUGUUUCUUUGUUCCAAUCUUUGUUUAGGUGAUAGUUCAAGUCGAUUUUCUGUUCCAAACGUACCAAAUGGCAGUCAGGUGAUAAGCUAGAGAAUUUAUCGCAAUUAUAUGAUGUAUUAUCGUAUCUUGGUGAUGAUUUUGGUUUACUGUAGUUACAAUGGCGCUGUUUGCAAAGAUGUAGGAAAUGAGCACAGAGAUGAAGGUUUAAUUGUCCACCUAAGUAGGACUCAGUCAGGGGUCCUGAAAUUGGCAGUGGACCAGACUUCCAAGGAAUUCUCCCUGAAAACAUCGUAUGGAUCGAUUUUAGCGAAAAGUUUAUCGGAUGUUAACUUCGCUUCAAAAAAUAUAUUCGAGUCACUCGUUCAAGCUGAUGGCCCAUCAAAGACCGGUGAAUGGCCUAGCUCUCCUGCUUCUUCUGCUUCAUCAGAGACGAAAUUUUCUCUGCAUUCAAACUUAGUUAAAACUAUUACCAAACCGAGCAGCAUUGUCAGUGAAAAUUUUGCAAGCCAUUCUGCUAAAUCAUCUGGUAGCAUAUAUCAAGUCAAUACUUUUGAAAGUCGGUCGACAGUAAGUCAAAAUAAGAGAACUUUGAACUUGGAAAAUUUGCCAGCAGUUAAACCGAGUCAAUCCUCAGCAGUUACUCUUUACUCGUCAUUAUUUACUAGAAGGAAUCUCACAAUGAGUAAUGGGAGCAGCUCAAAUAUGCUUUCAACCAGCAUGUUACCACUUCAGACUCAAAGCAGUGUACAUAAUAUGGCAAACACGAGCACUUUUGCUACAAGUUCCACCUCUCCAUUAACAUCUCUUUCAGGAACUGUUCAAAGCACUUUUGUUUCCCUUUCACCUGUUAGUUCUGCAUACAACCCUUCAAGCAUGUACAUGUCACCUGUUCCAUCAAGAAACUGCUCUACCUAUACAGUUUGUUCUUGGGGCACGAUGGUUACAGCUGCAGUUGGGUCAUCAUUUUUGCCAACACCUUUGUCAUCAACUGCAAUGUCACAAUCACUAACUAUAUCUCCUGAUCUAGAUUCAACAUCAGUGGCAAUUACCACCUUUAUUUCAGUGAUACCCUCAUCUGCAUGGGCACCAAUUGUUACCCCAUCUUAUUCUGUAGUUAGCAAUCAAAGUGAUAUUCAACCCAUUGCGAAAGAAGGCUGUGAUGUUGUCUUAGAUGGACUCGCAACAGUCAUGGGAAAGAUGACAUCUUGCAUCAUAAGCAGUUUAAGGCCUUUACAGAUUUGUGAAAAAUGUACACAUUUACAUUCAGAUUUGAAAAGGUAUCAACUUUUGAUAUCAAAAGCUGAUGGCUGCAAUCAAAAGCUCAUUAUGGAAUACAAUGCCCAGUAUCAGGCUAUUCCAAAAAUAUUCAAAAUUCAAUAUGACAUGUGGCGAAACUUUGAAUGUGAAAAGUGCUAUAAAGAGAGAACUGACAGUGAUCCAAAGGCUCCAUGGAUACCAAAGGAAGAAUUUAUUAAGACAAAGAGUUUGGUGAAGGAAAUGAUGGUUUGCUUUGCCAAUUACUCCAAUGAAGAGAUUGACCUACCUUUUCCAGUAAUGUUAAAUGUAACAGAAGAAAGCAAUGGAACAUCCUGGAAGACGAAAGAAAACCUGUGUAGCAAUUGCCGCCAUGCUUACAAGAAACUGAAGAAAUAUAUGAAAUCAAUCCAUUUUGAAGGCAGUGCAGAGAAGCGAUGGUGUGCUGACAUGGUUUAUGCAUUCAACGAGACCCGACGACUAUGGGGAAAAUUCUGUCUCUCACCAGAUGAAGAUCAAGAACCAAUCAUUGCCCUGACUUGCUUCUUUUGCUUUCUGCCAGUUGUUUUUUAUGUUGGCACCAAAUUACACUCAGAUGUUAAAGAACGUAAAAACGAAUCGAGAGUGAAUUAUGAAUCGGACUGAAGUUGAAAAGAAAAUUGCUGGCGAUGACGAAACAAAGCUCGUUUCCAACCAUGAAAUCCAUGAUCGUCAUUAAAUGAAACAUACAUCUUUUGACAGUUUUGGUUCUUGCAGAAAAUCGCAUAAUUUUACAUGCCGAUUUUAUGAUAUCUCAUACCAUCGUAGGAGGCGUAAAUCAGUACUAAGUUUUAUUUCCCAUUAAGAAGUUACAGUAAAAACCCGCACAUAAGAACGUAAAAUUUCGAAUUCAGCCUGUUUAGGUUCCUAUGCUAUGAGGUACAUCCCACAAUCAGGGUGUAGGUUCUUUACAUAGGGUCCAAAAAAUGCCAAAAAACAAGAAUAGUAGAAGGUUUAGCAUUGACGCGUCCUUUAGCCGUUGGGACUGAAUUUUCUCAUAUCCUAGCUCAUCCAUAGUCAGACAACCAGUUUUUUUCAAAAACCCCGGUGCAAAAUUCUUUAACUUCCCUUAGGUCCCGCCAUUUUUAAGCAGUCCAUUUAGUCAUAUAUAAUCUUCCCAUCCUAGCUGAAAUUUUAUCAUGCCAGAACUCAAAAUUGGCAUCAUUCUCAAGCCAUCUCUCCAUUACCUAUCCUUUUCGGCCUGCGUCGAUGGGUUGCGCUUUGUAAGGAUGGUUUGUUUAAGAACCUGGUUGAAAUAUCAGGCUGAAACGAUUCUUAUUUACUGGCAUGUUACAAAAUAUGUACUUUCAAGCUGUAGGUUCUUAAUAAAUGAAGGUUCUUAUGUCUGCUUUUUUACUGUACUUAAAAAUUAAGCCGAUGGUUGUUUUGAUUUUAGUAUGCAAUCAAAUUUUAGUCAAAAACUUUGCAUCUCAGCUUAUUCGUAAAUAAUUUAAUUUGAUAAAAACAAUUUUUGUGUUUUACGAUAUUUUCAAGUAUUUUUUGUAUUAUUGGGUUGCUAGUAACUUAAUGUCAUUCGACCAACUAACGUAAAACUACUUUUUCUGAAAAGGGUUUUACAAAUACUUGAUAAGAAAACAGUUUUGCUUUAAGAUGCAUUUUUACUUGUGCCAAGAAUAUUGAUGCUGUUUGACCAAGAACAUCAAUAAAAAUUCGUAUAUAAAUGAAUAUAAAUGAAGCUGAAAUCGAUAAAUACUGACGUGUUUGGAAAUUUUAGUAAAUAUAAAAGAGGAUCAAUCAAAAUUCGUAGCUUUUUCAGCUUUUUUCGUCAGGAUGAUCUUUUCUCUUUCUUAGUAUCUUUAUUUUCGAACAUUGACAUCAUUUUUGGUAGCUCAUUCAAGCAAUAAACCUCCCGAAGCAAUCUCUGUAAGAAACUGCGAGUUCCAAUUUGCUCUCGUAAACAAAUUUACUUUAUAUAUUAGCUGAUAUUCAAAACUACAAGGAGAAAGAGCAUCUAUGCUGAUAGCCGAAGUAAUUUUAAUCUUCCCUUCGUUUAUCUUUGGAAAUUAUUUUAUUUUUAAACUAAAGAAUCACUUUUUAAAUUCAUUUAGUUAGUAUGGAAAAAAGUCGAUUCAUCAUGUUUUUGCUACGAUUGCCGCAACUAUAGCUAAGCAAGUAUUCUUGAUUAAACAAUACGUCACACUUUGUAUGUGAUGCAUUCUGUUUGCAUAGUUGCAAAGCGUUGGUAAAAACUUCGUUUUUCUGACAAUUAAUGAAAAACAUAGCGAGAAAUCAAAAUAAUUACUUUUAGUUGAUCAAUUAUUGAAUAAAUUCUUUUAUAUUUGAGUGACUCUCUAUUUU